AUGGAUCCUAUCAAAGAUCACCACGGCCAGAUGGCCAAUCUUGUGCGCUCCCUCGAGACAAUGAGAACAAGUCACAGUACAACCAUAUAUGCCAUGCAAACCUUUUCCCGAACCACCCGAGGGCUCGCAGAACUUACAAUUGAUUCCCCCAUGGAACCCAUGGAAGAUAUCAACCAAGUCAACGCCAUAACUACUGACUCAGUCAGCCCUAUCGUCGUGUUUAUCACAUCCCCAGACAGCACGUACGAAGAUAAAACUUUCCAACAGAAGAGCAAAUGGCUGCAGGAGUCCAUGGACCACCUGAAAGAUGCCCACGAAAAAGAGUUCCAGGUCACUCAUAGUGAGCCCUAUAACUACCUACCAUUCUUACACCAACCCAACGACGUACUACCCGAAACACACGAGGUGCCUGUUCGCCUGUCUUCGGUACUAUCAAAAGGUCGACGUCUUGGUGCUGAGGUUGUUCUUGUGAUUUCUGGAUGGAGAAUUAUUUCAUCAAACAAACUUUUGCUGAAGAAUUUGUUCAAUGACUGGAAGGACGUGAAGAUCACUCUUCAGAUCUUCACCGAUAUACCAACACGGUUCUCUCGUGUGGAUGGCCAUAUGCUUCACUUGGUCGAUGAGAACAUCGAUGAUAGUUGUCUUCCAAACAACCACUAUGGACACUUUUCGCCAAAUAUCCGAUCGAUCCGUGCUAUACUUGACAGAUUUUCAAAGUACAACACUGUCCUGCAGCAUCGCUACAUCACAUCUCGUCAUUUGCAGAAGCAGACUAACGAUGUGCCUUCCUUGAGAGGGCUGAAGAGGAAACGAUUGGGAUUGAAAGAACGGGCUGACCAAGGGGAUAAUAUUUCUCAAGAACGGCGUAAAAGAUACAACGAGAAUCGGAAUCAAAAAAGGGCCGAAAUGAAAAGAUUAGCUGCACAAGGUGAUAAGAUUGCCCAAGAGUUGCUUGAGAAAGAACAAAAGAAAAAUCAUCUUUAUUGGGUCAAUAUCAAAAAAAAAAGCAGAGCAGGGUGA